CAGAGGUCUCCGCUCCACGUGGUUAAAUCAACAUGGCAGCGCCCAGUACAUUUUUGUAAGAGUGGAAUAGAAAGUUGAUUAUAGGAAGCAUCAACAUUGAGAUGGCAGAUGUUAGCAGCAGCCCAGUGGCUGAUACUCCACCCUCAAACCAGGAGAAGCCUGAAGACCUCCCUCAGGCCUCCAACAACGACGAUGCGAAGUCUGACGACAAAGCUGAAGGGGCGAGCGAGACGGCCUCUGACCCCGGCAUGUACCGCUACAUCAAAGAGGACCUCUUCACAUCUGAGAUCUACAAAGUGGAGAUCAAGAAUCUACCCAAGUUCACAGGUUUUAACGACCUGAAGAAGUUCCUGGCCAAACACGGCCUCAACCCGCACAAAAUCAAGCUGUUCGGCAAGCAGACGUUCGCUUUCGUCACCUUCAAGAACGAAGAGGAGCGGGACAAGGCCAUGAAGAUGGUUCAUGGCAUGCAGUGGAAGGGCCAGGUGCUGAGCGUCAGGCUGGCCAAACCCAAAGCAGACCCCAUCCUGAGGAAGAGGAAGCAGGAGGAAGGAGAGGUGGCAGGAGGGCAGCCUCCAUCCAAGCGAACGGAGGGGGACGAGGAAGAGGAGCCGCUCAGCGUCCAGAUAGCCAACGUGGUGACUCCUCUGUGGAAUGUUCCUUAUGAGGAGCAGCUGAAGAGGAAGGAGCAGGAGGUGGUGGGGGUUCUGCAGAGGCUGGCCAAAGAGAUCGGCAGCACCAACAAAGCCAUGUUGCCGUGGCUGUUUGCGCAGAAAGGGAAGUACAACAGAAUGUGUUGUUCUCUGGAAGCCAUCCGACCAUCUCCUACACAGACGGAGUACAGAAACAAGUGUGAGUUCCUCAUUUCAAUGGGUGCCGAUGGUGAGGAUAAGACCAUUGGUUUCCGCCUGGGAAAAUAUAAAGGCGGCUCCUGUGCGGUGGUGGGGCCCGCUGAGACAAGCCACGUCUCAGCCGAGGCCAAGAGAGUGGUCAGCGAGUUUCAGAAGUUCAUCAGGACAACAUCAUACUCUGUGUACAGUCCUGAAACAUAUGAAGGACACUGGAAGCAGCUGACUGUAAGGACUACGAGGACCAAGCAAGCCAUGGCUGUAGCGUUCUUCCACCCGCAGAAACUUGAAGAACAGGAAGUCAGUGCGUUAAAGAGCUCCAUGAAGGAGUACUUUACAGAAGGAGAGGGGAAAGACAGCGGAGUGACCUCUCUUUACUUUGUCAGAGAGGGUCAAAGGACUUCGCCUAACCUGGAGGACUUGCCCUGUGAGCUGGUGGCCGGAGAGGGCAGCAUUCACGAGGAACUCUUGGGUCUAAAGUUUAGAAUAUCUCCUCAUUCCUUCUUCCAAGUGAACACAGGAGCUGCGGAGGUGCUGUACUCUGCUGUGGGGGAAUGGGCCCAGCUGGACCAGGACAGCACAGUGCUGGAUGUGUGCUGUGGGACGGGAACCAUCGGCAUCUCUCUGGCUAAGAGGGUAAAGAAGGUGAUUGGAAUCGAACUGUGCCAGGAAGCCGUGGAGGACGCCAAAGUUAAUGCAAAGGUCAAUGGUCUGAGUAACAUUGAGUUUCACUGCGGAAAAGCCGAGGACGUGUUCCCCAACAUUCUCAAUGCUCUGGUGUCACCCAACGUCACAGCCAUUGUGGAUCCACCGAGGGCAGGCCUACAUUCCAAGGUGAUACUGGCCAUCAGGAGGGCGGAGCAUCUGAAGAGGCUGGUUUAUGUAGCAUGCAAUGCUAAGGCAGCCAUGAACAACUUCAUUGAUCUGUGCAGGGCACCAUCCAACAGAGUUCACGGGGCCCCGUUUCGUCCGGUGCGAGCCAUGGCGGUGGAUCUGUUCCCUCAGACCAUGCACGUUGAGAUGCUCCUGCUGCUGGAGAGAGUGGACUACGACUCCCAGCAGCAGACCAGCAAGCAAUAAGGAAGAGACAUUCUGUGCGUUCUAAUACCGACACUACCAUCCUAUUUAGUUUGCUAGAAAAAGAUGUCCUACUGCAUCCGGUCAUAUUUAAGUAAGAAUGUGAUUUGGAAUUGUUGUCCGCAUUUGCACUGAAAUGCCCUGACAAAAUACGUUCUGUUGCAUGCAGUAGGAAUUCAAUUGGGCCAUACUUCAUCAUAAUAUUGCAAUUUGAACUUUGACACUCCUGCUCAUAUCUGCUUUGCAGAGGAUGUGGGUUGGAACAGUCAGAAAAAGCAUACUUGCUUGCAAACUGCAAAAUGCAACCGGAUGCAGUAGGACAUCCUGGUUUUUUUGGCACACUGACUUAAACAUACUUUGUAUUAGAAAAUACUUACUCUUUUCUGGCAUACUAAAUAGUAUUGUAAUAUGGGUUUUUUGGCUGCUCAGAGGAUCUUCGCUUUAGAAACAGGCCCUGUCUUUUUUGAUGGGUAGCACGGGCUUCCCAUACUAGGAAUGUAUGCACACACGCUGAACUCCUUUUGAAAUUUAUGUUUUCCUCUUUAUGUAAUCUGCAAGGCCUUAUAGUCUUAAUUUUAAGGGGAGAGUUCAGUCAAAUAUCAUUUACCCCUCACCAUUCUUAUUUUGUAAUGCAACAUUAAUUCAUGCCUCAAAUAAAGUUGGUGUUAAUACAGUAUGCUUUGCACUGUAUUUGGGUAACUGAGCAUCAUGGACUGUCCCUUGGCCUGUUAUGCCUUUUUUAUUCUGAGAAUUUUUUUGUCAGAUACGUUCACUCAAAAGUAGGUUUCUUUUGAAUUAUGUCUUAAAAUCACAGCUAUCUUGAUUCAAGUUUUAGUCUUCGGCCUCUUGAUCCCUUGUUCGACUGUUAAAAAUAAAACAAAGCC